GUGUAAUAUGCCAAGUCCGUUUGAGCGCAGACCAACACGCGUAAGAAAGUCCCGCACCGUAUUUUUUUUGUCCUGCUUUAGCCAUACGGCUCUAACUUCUAAGGUUUAAUGAAAUGGUCGUCGGCAGAGAUGACGAGCUUGUCCAGGGAGGCAACAUUGGCUGCAAACUUUAUGGAAAUUUAUUUUAGGACUCCACGAAACCUUCGUAUUUGUGACCCUCAAAAGGAUGUGCGGAUGGCGCGUCCGCUGCCAAACUUGAUCAUCCUCGCUUGCCAUCAUUGACAUGGACAACGCUAAUGCAAGCACUAGCGCCCACAGCAUCAGCACUCCUAGCCAUGGGACCGACCCCCUAGCUAUCCCGGAGAUCCUUUCCAAUGUCUUUGUCCUCUUCGACCGCCAUACUCUUCAAGUCUGCGCCCGAGUAUCCCGUUUCUGGAGGUCUCAUGCUCUCGCACUCGCUUGGAAAUCCUUGAACAUCAGCAAUGACUUUUUCUUCGCCGCGUUUCAAGAGCCGGAGAAGUACAAGGAGACACUAACGCAGGACAGGGAACUUUCAAAGUUCUUCGACAAUUGCUCUCAGCUCCGCUCGCUAAACAUUGUCAGCAACUCAAAAGAUGCUCAAAGAUGGCCAGUCAGCACGAUGUAUAAGGGUGGAUUUGGAAAGACAGCGUAUCGACAUCCACCAGGUCUGGAUAACCUGGAACGGUUCUGCAUCAGUCAACGGCAACUCCAGAGCUUUUUGCACCAGAAAACGGAGCUCUUGUACGAUCUUGCGGCAUCGCUUGUGGCCAGAAAUCCAGGGAUUCGUGAUCUGGAGGUGCUGUAUCAAGUAUGGCAGGACGACGCAAGGGACAGGAAGGAGGACUGUUUAUUGAAGUUGUUGAGCAAAACAGGCGGCGCUCUGAGGCGACUGUCGGUUUCAUCUACGUUUGAAGGGCAAGACAUCAGGCUCUGGGAAUACCUGAUACAAGCACACAGUGACUAUCAACGUUGCCACAACAGCGACCCUUCCGACAAGGACCCGAACGAGCACUGCAAGUCGGCCCUGCCAUGCAUGGAACACGGACCCUACAGCCUCGACGAACUUAUUUUGGAGGACAACUCCAUUUUGUGGUCGGACGAAAUAGGACAACUGGACUUGACCGCGCUCAAUACCAUUUCUGGAACCCUCUCAAUCCGGUCGUUGACUAUCAUAGGCUUUGAAACUGCUACAGAAUGCCCUGGAAGCUCCAAUAACAUCGAACAACUUGCCACUCUUCUUCCGGACAGCUCGAUCCUGGCCAUCCUGCGACACUGCCCGAACCUUGAACGACUAUCCGUUUCAUACAAUUUGGGAGGGCUGCCCGUCGAAGGCUCGUUCGGAACCCAAGUACGUGAGUUGGUCCAACACCGCUCAUCGGCAGGACAUUAUUGGUGGAUCCCCGAGCGCGACAACUUCGUGACCGAAAUGUUUCGGCUCUGCCCAAAACUCACCACCAUCGACCUUGGGAUGAUGUACGAAUUGACUACAGAGCACUGGGUCGAGAUGAUGGAGCUAUACGGCCCAAAACUACAGUCCUUGAGCGUGUGGUGCGCAAUAAACUUCAGUUCCGAUGCCCUGACGACACUCAUUGGCCCGCCAAUCGAUCACCCCUCCAGGGCCCUCAACGGUCCCUCAGCCAUGCACUGCCUGACACAAUUAGAUAUCAACGGCUUGGCAAUGGCUCACAGUGCAGCGCCAUUGGUGCUCAGGAAUCUCGCCGCACUGACACACUUCUUUGCGAGGGAUGUGCCAAUGGAUGCUACGCAACUGAUUGGGUUUGAUUGGGCUUGCACCAAGUUGGAGGUUCUGCAUAUCUGCGUUGUGCUAUGUCAGGAGCGUCAGCCGAAGGGAAAAGAGUGGAGUUGGGACGACGAGAGCGGCGAAUGGACCACGGCGCUUCAGAGACGCAGAAAGCAACAGGAGCACGCAGUUGGACACAAGAGGGAGCGUGAGGUCAUGCAGCCUCUAAACGUAGACAGUGCGGAGAAUGCAGAAGGAAACAAAAAUCAGCCCCAAAACGAAAUGGAAGCGGAAGCGGAAGCGAAGCGGAGAAGGGUAGAGAAGCAGGCCAAGCACGAAAAUGCCGCCGAGGAGCAUGGUCAGGAGUUAUCAGGUCUCCAAGGACAAGGUUCCCAGUCGGCCGCGGAGAAUUCUGAGCUGACUACUGAAACCCGACUUCAAAUUCAAAUCUGUAAGCAACUUGGUCGUCUUACCAAACUCCGGCAGCUUGUUUUGGAAGGUGAUAAGGGUCACAUGGACUCCACGGGCUGCUUGCAGCUGACGAUGCAAACAGGGCUAUCAUACCUUCAACCACUGCAGCAGAGCCUCGAGACGCUGAUCCUAUACAGGCUGGACGAGCAACUAUCUGGACGAGCGGAAGUCGACUGGAUCGCGCGGAACUGGAUCCAUCAUCACAACAAGCGCUGGCUACACGCACAUCCACCUCUGGAGUACAAUCAAGACGAGGAUGAGGACUUCGAUUCAGACGAGGAUGAAGAGUCAGACGAUAGUGAAGAAUGGGCAGACUUUGAUCCUAGCUGUCACGAGCCGCCUGAGGAGGACACUUUAAUAUAUGCGACUGAGAGGGUCAAUAUCCGUGGAGCAUCGGACAAAAGUGAGGAGGACGAUGACAAGAGUUUAUACACGUGUCCUCCAAAGUUCAAGCAGCUGCUGGGAGUUUCAGUCCGAGACCAGCGUUACUCGGUGAAAACAGCCGUGGCGAAUCUGACUUGGCUAAAGAACCAGUGGCCCUCACUUGUCUUGACCAAGAAAAGAAAACCCAUCAGCCGCAACUAUUACGACUCUGACGAAUCUUAUAGUGAUUAGGACGUGUAUGAGUCGUACAUGUACGAGUAAAGCAUAUUCGAAUUUCCCAAAAACAAAGUGCGAGAAUGGAAUGAAC